UGCAUCACAGCAAAGAACAUAACAUUAAUAGUUAACUAUAGUGACGAUCUUUACCACACUAUUUAAAAAGCGCACACGUUGAAAAUGGCUGAAGAAGAAGUGAUUGAGAUAGACAUGGCCCAGCUCAAGAAAAUGAAGGUUCCUGAGCUGAGAGCCAAGCUGGGAGAAUGGGGGCUGGAGACUAAAGGCACUAAGACUGAGCUACUGGCCAGAGUGGAUGCCUACCUCAAAGAAGAUGAUGAGGAGUUGCUUGACGAGGUGGAGGAGGUGCUGACUGAUCCCGAGGAGCCAGCAGAGGAACCACCGCCACCUGUAGUACAAGAGGAGGUAGCAAAGGAAGAGGAGAAGAUACCAGACAAACCAGUUAUUGAGGAUCCUCCGACAAAAUCCCAGUCUCCAAUUCCAGUCAAACCACCAGUUGCCACUACUACUGAGGCACUAACAGAGGCAGAGAAACAUCGUCGUAGAGGGGAGAGAUUUGGAGUUGUGAGUGAAGAGGCUAAGAAGCAGUCCAGGGCAGACAGGUUUGGGCUGACUGUGGAGAAGAAAAACUAUGACUCCCUCAGCAAGAGACCCCCCACAGAGGAGGAGUUGGAGCGUAUGAAGAAACGAGCAGAGAGGUUUGGCAUCACCCCGCCCUGUAUGGCCAAGGUGGAGGAGGAAGACAAAAAGAAGAAGAGGAUGGAGCGCUUUGGACUAGGCGUCACAGAGGUGUCAACUGACGUACGCAAGAAGAUGCGUGCUGAGAGGUUUGGACUUUGAACUCUUGACCUGAGAGAAUGACCCCAUGCACCCUCCGAACCCUUACUAACACUAUGUAAUCUGUAUUAUAUAUAUACAAUGCCUACACAUGCUUACUCGUUACUCGUUACUUUUGUUACAACUAUUAUCUUUCUGGCAAAACUUC